CAAUCUUUAAGUAAAAAAACACUAUAAUUCCAUACUCAAAUUCUUAAGAAAAAUCAAAUUAGCAAUCAUGCAUUGGGUGGUUGUACUUUCCUUAUUACUACUCUCCUCCGCCAUGGUACAAUCCUACAACGCACCCGCUCCUUCUCCAACAACAAAGCCGCCACCGCCACCGCCUUCUUCGCCGUUAUCACCGCAAUCUUCUCCCGCUCAUUCCCCAACACCAUUUCCAUCAUCACCACCACCAUCAAAAUCUCCGGCUCAUUCUCCGACGAAAUCUCCUACUCCGGUGACUUCUCCGGCGAAAUCUCCGAUCAAUGCUCCUUCCGUGGCGCCAAAAGCUUCGCCUUUGGUUAGCCCGAUUGUAUCUCCGGCAAGUCCAUCUCCGGUGACUGCGGCGGCUCCUCCGCCAGUGGCUUCUUCGCCGUCUUUGGCUCCGGUUAGUUCGCCGGAGUUGAGCCCGGUCGGUGCUGCUCCGGCGGCGGAAGGGCCGGUGAUUGCGGCUACGCCGGAAACAUCGGCUUCGAUUCCUUCGAGUUCGGCGGAUUCUCCUUCGAUGUUUCCGUCUAGUGGUAGCCCUCCGAUUCCGACGCCGGAGAGUCUUUCGCCGGAAACUGCUCAAGGUCCGGCUGGUGAUGGGUCGGGUUCGAACUCUGUGCAUGGAGUUCAUGUCGUUUUGAGCGGGCUUGGUAUUUGGGCCGCUUUGGCACUGUAAGCCCAAUACGAUUAGUGGGCCUUGUUUUAGAUUAUUAUCAAUUUUUAGUGUUUUAUUUAGAAAAAUAUUUAGGUUAUUAUUUUUCAUAUGAGUUUGCACUUGUUGUACGGUUUGUAACAAUUUUGUUGGAAGGGAAAAGACUCAUUUAUUUCUAUUA